AUGCAGCCGCUGCCGCUCGGCCCGCCCGUGGGUGGGCCACCCCAGGGUGCCGGGGCGUCUCCAGCGGUCGGAACGGCGGUGUCUCCGUUUGCGCCGGGCGGCACGGGUCCAUCGAGCUCGGUGCCGACGCCGGCCCGCCCGACGUUGCCGCCCCUGCUGCUACCCAAGUCUGCUACAAGCGAGACGCUGCCCCUCGUGACUCUGGCCGAGCAGGAUGCGGGGCGCGUAGCCUCGCCGGCGUCGACGGAGGCACUGACGCGUGCCAGCUCGCUCACCUCGCAAGAGUCGUUCCCCCGCAUCGGCCGGCGUGCGGUAGACACGCCGGACCUGCCGGAGGGCUCGCGCGGGGAGGACAGUUACGGCACCAGCCCCAUUGUACCCUCGUCCCUUUCGCGCUCGCUCGGGAGUGCAACGGAGCAAGCGUUGGCUGGCUUUACGCCAGGGGCGCCGGCGGCGGUGCGCCCGGUGAAGAACCCCGCGGUCAGCGGCGCACAGAGCGCACCGGACACACGAAAACCUGAUGGCAGCGCGCCGCCGCUGCCAUCACAGAUGAUCAAGUCUGCCGCGAAUCGCCGGUCGACCGAUUGGAUGGGCGAGGAGGACGUCGAUGCGUCGGCGGCCAAGGCGGCCAUGCAUCACGAAAAGCAGUCGUUUAAUUUGUGCGCGCAAAUGCGCUGCAAAAGUUAUGCACAGUGGCGCUCGCUUGGGUCGGCACGUCUGCGCCUGUACCACUUGAUGCCCUCCCAAGCCAACCAACUGGUGGUGGAGAACGACAAGAAAGUGAUUAUCUCGUCCAUCGUGCUGCCGAUCGCCGUGGAGCGCGUCGGCAAGACAGGUGUGGCUGUCGAGCUGUCAGAUAUGGGCCGCCUCACAGGCAUCGUCUAUAUGCUGCACAUGCGCAGCGACGAGUCGGCCAACGGCCUCUUUGAGCAGUUGCUGCAGGGCUCAAGUCGCUCGCCCGUGUCCAGCCCACCCCCCAACUAG